AUGGCGGACUCAACAUCAAUCCCACAACACAACCUCGUCGUCCUGAUCUCCGGUAAUGGCUCCAAUCUCCAAGCCCUCAUCGAUGCCUGCAACACCCCAGCUCUCCGAAAUACCCGCAUCACACACGUAAUAUCAAACCGCAAAGCCGCCUACGGCCUCCAGCGUGCCGCCAACGCCUCGAUCCCCACAACCUACCACAACCUCGUCCCCUAUAAAAAGCGCCAACCAGACACACCUGAAGGCACGCUCGCCGCCCGCACCGCCUACGACGCCGACCUCGCAUCCCUGAUCCUCUCACUCUCUCCUCGCCCCGAACUCAUUGUCUGCGCAGGCUGGAUGCACAUCCUUACCCCCGACUUCCUCAACCCGAUCGCCGAGGCAGGCAUAAAAGUGAUAAAUCUGCACCCAGCGCUACCGGGGGAAUUCGCCGGCGCAGGGGCUAUACAGCGGGCGUGGGAGGCGGGGCGGAAGGGGGAGAUUAAGAGGACCGGAGUGAUGGUUCACGAGGUUAUUGCUGAGGUGGAUGCGGGCGAGUGUGUGGUUAGUAAGGAAGUUGAGCUUAGAGAGGGGGAAAGCGUGGAGGAGCUGGAGGAGAGAAUUCAUAAGGUGGAGCAUGGGUUGAUUGUUGAGGGGACGAGGAGGGCUCUGCAAGCGUUGGAGGGGGAAAGGGUGAUGGAAGGUGGGGCGAUUUGAGAGAGGAUUUAUUAACGGGAGAUAGAUGAUGGCAGAGUUCAAAAUCAUAAACAACGUACGCCCUCGAUGGCUGGGUAAUUACGGUGUGCAGAAUGGGCACGCAGGUCAGGAAAUAGGAGCAGGGCAAAGCUCUGAUAUGUGAAUACCGGGUUGGAAGGCAGGUCAGUAGUCUGUUAUUUAUGACGUGAGACAUGUUGGAUAGAUCACAGGAUGAUACGCCUCCCUUUUGCAAAAGGCGCAUUGAAGGCCAUCCGAACUAGACUCAGAGACAGAAACAUGUCGGUCAGUUUUGAGACUGGCUUGACGCUGGAAAAUCGACGAAUAUGUUGCAGCUUGAUGUGUC